CAGCAGCGCCGCACGGAGCUGAUAACACACAGACUGCUCGUGUUUUACAGUUUAUCUUCAUGAAACAGAAGGAAACACGCGGUGUGCAUCAUGACAUAACACAAAACAACCGCAGCAAGUCAUGUUUUUGAGUCAGUUUUUCCACAUCUGAGCAAAAAUAAUUAAAAAAACAUUUGCUUCCUGGUGUUAGUUUUGGUUCAUAAAUAUCAAAACCGCACAAGAAUCGGUUUGCAGCAGCGUGAAAGAACGAUUCUCUGGUGUGUGUUGGAGGACAGGGGGUCGGAAGGAGGAAACUGGAAGAAAUGUUCAAGAGGCGGAACAAAAGCAACAGCGCAAAGAGGAGAGGUCAGAGACAGAAAGACGACACGAAAUCCUCUUUUUACUCCUCCAAAACUGGGAUUUACUCCACCUUUUACCCCAUCACUCAUCAAACCAACCAGGAAGCAUCACCUGAACUCAAAAAGAGACCCGGGGAGUGGACGAGGAAGUCUGACCUGGUUUUGGUUCCAGACAAACAGAGCCACACCGCCGACGUCUCACCAUGUCCGGCCCCGUUUACCCAGGUGUCCCAGGACAAAGUCCCUACCCGAUGCCUGGCCACUCGGUCGCGCCUUACCCUCACCACCCGGGAUAUGGAGAUCCCAACCAAGCUCCGCCCCCUGUCGGCUUUAACAUGGGCUACAGCCAAGGUCCUCCACCAGUCAUGUACCAGCCAGGACCAGCCGUGGUGCCGGAGUAUGGAGGACCUCCAGGAGGCAUCGCCCCGGCCCCCGGGGCGCCCGCUGUCCCUGUGGGGGUCCCACCAGGACUAGAAUACCUCACACAGAUCGAUCAAAUCCUAAUUCACCAAAAAGUGGAGCUUUUAGAAGCUUUUAUUGGCUUUGAGACUAAUAACCAGUACGAGAUAAAGAACAGCCUGGGCCAAAAGAUCUACAAGGCCAAAGAGAAGAACGACUGCUGCACCAGGAACUGCUGCGGGUCUCUGCGCAGCUUCGACAUGAAGAUCAAAGACAACAUGGACCGAGAAGUGAUCCGCCUCAUCAGGCCCUUCCGCUGCGUGUCCUGCUGGUGCCCCUGCUGCCUACAAGAGAUGGAGGUCCAAGCUCCGCCCGGCGUCACGGUCGGUUACGUCAAACAGGACUGGCACCCGUUCCUGCCCAAGUUUUCCAUUCAGGGCCCGAACAAGGAGACCGUGCUGAGACUAGAGGGGCCCUGCUUCGCCUGCAACUGCUGCGGAGACGUCAACUUCGAGUUAAAAGGAAAAGAUGGGGAUCACGCCAUUGGCCGCAUCAGUAAACAGUGGAGCGGCCUCUUAAAGGAAGUUUUCACCGACACGGACAACUUUGGGAUCCAGUUUCCGAUGGACCUGGACGUGAAGAUGAAGGCCGUGCUGAUGGGCGCCUGCUUCCUCAUCGAUUUCAUGUUCUUCGAGAAGGUCGGCGAGGCGAACCAGCGCAGCACCGUGUUUUCAUAAACCAGACCACGCCACGAGAGCGAGGACGUUCUGCUGGGGACGUUCUGCUGGGGACGUUCUGCUGGGGACGUUCUGCUGGGGACGUUCUGCUGAGGACGUUCUCCUGGGGACGUUCUGUUUCCUCUUUGUUUAAAGACUCAGACCAAAGCAAAUCUUUAUUUUUUUAAACAAUCACAGUGACAAAAGGUUUAAAAGUCCCAUAAACUGAGCUACUACCAAAUAUUUACAGCAGCAGCGUGCAAAAGAUUUAACAACGGAUUAAACAAGUACUACUGCGCUUUGGUACUUAAGUAAAAGUACAGAUACCACAGCAAAGAAAUACUCAAGUAAAAGUUAAAAUAUCAAAUUAAAACUUCAAUUUAAGUAAAAACACAGAUACCACAGCAAAGAAAUACUUGAGUAAAAGUAAAAAUAUCACAUUAAAAUUUCAACUUAAGUAAAAAUACAGAUACAAGAGCAAAGAAAUACUCGAGGAAAAGUUAAAAUAUCAAAUUAAAACUUCAAUUUUAAACAAAAGUACUAAAGUAUCUGUUUAAAAAUAUGGUUAAAGAGUAAAAAGUAAAACUAUUUCACGCAGAUUUUCUUCAAAUGUGAUGAUUUCGAUAAAGAAAAUGAUCAAACCAAAAUUAUUUGUAUAUUUUUGUUUUGCUCAAAUUCUGAAUGUGUUAAAAAUAAACCCUCAGCCUUUUCAGCAGGUAAAUAAUCAAAUACUUUUACUUUUCAGUCCUGUUCAUAAAUGCAGGAAGCUCAGAUACUGCUCUCAAAUGUACUCAAGUACUUUUUACAGUGGAUAUGUUUUACUUAAGAGCACAUUUUCGGUGUCUGUACUUCUACUUUCACUUUGUUACUUCCCACUAUUGGGUUAAACUUCUAUUUACUAAAAACACUUAAUCACAUAUCGACUUUUAGAUAAUUUUCCAAACCAAAAUGACUUUAUUAAACCAAACUCACAAAACAAAAUGGUGGGUUUUCGCAGGUUUGUCGUCUCCGUCUUUUUUAAAUCCUUUAUUUUGUGUAAUCUCGUUAAAACUUUUGCACAGUCCAACAUCUGCCAAAUUUGAUCGAGCCGAUUCUUUUUUUCCGUCCAAAGAUUAAAACAUGUCGUGCCAACAGAAAACGAAGCGAAUGUCAUCAAAAUGUGUAAAAAGUCCGAUUGUAAACGCUCGUGCCUGUCCGUGUAGUAACUGUAGUAUUCGUUUGUGUAGUACUAACACGAGGCUUUAAGUCGUGUGUGAAGCUCUGAAGUACAUGUACUAACUGUGUUUACAAAUGUGUUUUUUUUUCUCUUUCGUUCGGGGCCGGGGCGUCGCUACGUGUAAAUAAAUUCUCGCCGGGUGCCAUGGUUACGGUAAAGCAGAGACUGAACUUUGACCGUCCGGUAGGCCUGUCACGAUAACAAAUCUGAAGUUUGAUACAUCGCUGAAGUAAAAACGAUAAAUGAUCAUAUUGAAACAGAUUUUUAGAGCUGGUUUAGUAACACAAAAGCAGAUUUAAACCACAAAAACGACUCGAAAUGUACACAUAUUGUUAAAAAAAAACACAAAAAACAACAAAAUGAAACGCUUUAGCUCUGUGUUUGCGUCUGUAAUGAGUCAUAGAAGUUAUUAUGUUGAGUUAUUAAGUUGUUAAGUUAUUAAUUUAACCUUUUACAGCUUAAAUCCAGGGGCGGCGCCAGCGAGGGGGCUUCAGGGGGCUUCAGGGGGCUUCAGGGGGCCCAAACCUCCCCAAAAAUGACCAAUACUCCUCCAUAGCUCAGACUUUUGCCCCAAUUUCAACAAAAAUUUGUGUAAAAAUGAGACUACAAUGAAUAAACAAUUGCGUAUUAGGUUUUAUGAGUCACUAGAGGGCGCUAACUGCAAUUAAAUCAGUUUAAAACAGCGAAACAAACUGUUAAAACGCUCUAAAUUAACUUUUUCCUCGAGUCUUGGCACCUCUUUAGCUCCUCCAAUCAAAAAUGUCUGGUCAAAAAGUCAAAAAAUAACCCAAAAUGUUCUAUUAGUGCAAAAAAAAAAGCACUCAAGGUGAAUAUUAACCCAAAAACAUGACUCGAGCGUUUAUAUUUUAGCCAUAAGUGGAUGUCGUGAUGAUUGUGACGGGCCCGUGAGCGAGUACAUGCUUCACAUUUUUAUUCUAAUCUCGUGUGAGGCGUGAAAACCUGAAAUAGGGAAGUUGUGGUUUGACGCUCUGUCGACACAUGACAUGAACGUGUUUAAAUAACCAGACGCAGACUCGCGGUGGAUAAAGAAAAUGAGAUUAUAACGGGCCAGUUUGAACCGUUUUCAGAAGUUGUGACGUUUCUGGGUUUACCACUAAAGCCUGGACUCAGACUGAAGUCCUGUCCACCGCCGCCUUAACGUUAAAACCUCCAGAUCAAUACUUUAAAUCAGUCAAAGUGUUGAAAUCACACUGUUUAAAAUGUGUUUAUACAGUUUAUAGUCGGCCGUUUGUGCGUCUUUUGUCAGACGUUUUUUUUACAUGUAAACUAUGUUCUUAGAAAUAAAAAUAAAGUAUAAAUGUCUACAGUUUC